UUCUUCCGCAAGCAAAGUAACCAACCUCGCUCUUCUACUUCUGGGUCUCUCUGAAUCUUCAUGCAGACCUCCUCAAUCAGCCACCCCAGGUCCUGUUGAGCGUGUAGGAACACUAUAUCUAUCUAAUGGCUGGACGGAGGCUUUUGAUAUUGAAGUCACUCUGCAAGUCUUCCAACACAAUGUCGUGUCAGUCGUAUAGUUCUUAUGGGAAAUGUGUGAACUAUGCUGAUCCAGUUCUUGUUAGACCAUCGUAUGCUUUUGUGAGUCGUGGAUACCAUACUAAGGAAACACAGUCUAGCAAAGAUUUUGCGAAUACUCAGUUUGGAGCAAUGGGUUCUGGAUCACUUGUCAAUGCACGAAGUUACAGAACCAAACCGAUUUCAGCAUUUUCAUCGACAUUAUCCAGUUCACAUAGUAGGUUUGCUUUUGCUCCUGUUUCGGUAAGCCCAGUUCUGGAUUGCCGUUCAUACUCAUCACUUUUUGGUAGCAAUGCUGAUAAAGGUGGGCAACCUGGAGUUCCGGCUGCUUCCAGUGGCGGUGAAGUGGAUGUUGGUAAUAGCGCUGUUGGUGGAAGUGAUUUGGUUGAUAAGGUUAAGGAAUUCGUGCAGAAUGCAGUGGACGCAGCGACUUAUACUGGGCAAAAGGCUAAGGAAGCAUCUGGUGAAAUGUCCCCAUAUGUUCAGCAGUUGUUGGAUACAUAUCCACAUCUUAGAAAUGUGGUUGCUCCAGUUGGUUAUACUUUGGCAGGUACUGUAUUUGCUUGGGUAGUGAUGCCUAGGCUUUUCCGGAGGUUUCACAAGUAUGCCAAUCAAGGCCGCAAUGCUUUGCUAUCUCAAAGCCCAUCUGAGGAGCAAGUUCCAUAUGAGAAAAGUUUUUGGGGUGCUUUGGAGGAUCCAGUGAGAUACCUUUUUACUUUUAUGGCAUUUUCACAAAUUGGCACAAUGGUUGCACCAACUGCUAUAGCUGCUCAAUAUCUUGCACCAGCUUGGAGUGGUGCAGUUAUCCUUUCAUUUGUUUGGUUUCUCUAUCGGUGGAAGACCAAUGUGUUCACUCGUGCGUUAGCAAAUAAAAGUCUGCCCAGCAGUCUUGAUCGAGAGAGGUUGUUAGCUCUAGACAAAAUUUCAUCUGUUGGUCUUUUUAUGAUUGGGAUAAUGGCUUUAGCUGAGGCAUGUGGGGUGGCUGUGCAAUCUAUUAUGACUGUUGGAGGCAUAGGAGGAGUUGCUACUGCUUUUGCUGCCAGAGACGUCCUUGGUAAUGUGCUGAGUGGUUUAUCCAUGCAAUUUACGAAGCCCUUUUCACUAGGUGAUACAAUAAAGGCUGGAACCAUAGAAGGUCAAGUGGUGGAAAUGGGACUUACAACUACUUCCUUACUGAAUGCCGAGAAGUUUCCAGUGAUAGUUCCCAAUUCACUAUUUUCUAGUCAAGUGAUUGUGAACAAGUCACGUGCUCAAUGGCGUGGCAUGGUCACCAGAAUUCCCCUGCAAAUCAAUGAUGAGUUGGAUAAGGUUCCCCAGAUAUCAGUUGAUAUAAAAAACAUGCUGAGAUCACACCCGAAGGUUUUCCUGGGAAAGGAAGUGCCUUACUGUUUCCUUUCUCGUUUAGAGAGCACAUUUGGAGAAUUGACUCUUGGAUGUAACCUCAAACAUAUGAGCAAGGAUGAGUUAGUCUCUACAGAAGAAGAUAUUCUUUUGCGGUCAGUCAAGAUAAUCAAGGGGCAUGGUGCCAAGCUGGGCAGCACCUAUAUAUAAUGAUAUGACCACUCUAUAGUCGCGCAAAUUACAAGUUGGAACUCUGCAUUUCGCUGUCUCUUUGAAUGUAUAUUUCCCUACUGCUAACCAUACAGAGAACAGUUUUUAGUGAAUGCGAGUUGCUGCAUACUUACCAGUUUGUCAUGAUUUUGUUUGUCUUAGCAUAUAGCAAGGGUGCUAAAUUGGAUCAUUGGUGGAAAUUAAUGCUGGCUCUUUUUGUUACAGAAAACUUGGGUGGCAUUUAUUUUUGCUAUAUGGUAGCUGGUACUAAGUUUAAAAUUUUGGAAAAUGUCCUGAAG